AUGGCUGAAGCGGACGAUCAAGAGUCUGAAACCUUCAGCCUUGCCACACCAUCGAGCCGUAAAAGAAAGCGAACAGCUCCAUUCGCUUCAGGUGAAUCUUCCGUUGCUGCAGCUGAGGUUCUUCCUGAGACGAUAUGUGAGGUGUGUCUUAACCUCGGAAACGAGGUCUGGGACCCUGACUAUCGCGAAAGGCACGGUCUUGGAACAUGUGGGCCGCACAGUAAGCCGGUAUGGGAAGUUGCUAUUACUGCACAAAAGGGCUGCCCAGGUUGCGAGAUCAUUGCUUGGGCGCUUGAACCUUACAUGGAACGACUGCAAGACAAAGGACAGCAAGUCGAUAUCGACAUUGGACGUGCUGGGCAGAUGUUCAUGGGCGUGCUGACCUACUUUUACCGCAAGAGCUCCGAAGAUGGCUUAUGGUUAAAACUUGUGCUCAAAAGUACACCUUUCGAGUUCGUUGAAACUGCUCGCCCUCGUUCAAACAGCUCUGCAGCUGCUGUCAGAAGAGUAAGAGAUUGGUUUGAUCGCAGGGACCGUCAGGGCGCGCUCGAAUUGAGCGAGCUAUCACCGCUCGAGAGUAUCGAAGAAAAUUGGGAGCACUUGAUCGAGACAUACUCGUCAAAGUCACUCACAUACCCAGGCGACAUAUUUCCUGCCGUACAAGCGCUGGCUAAGCUCAUUCCCUCAAAGAUGGGAGAUGAUCCUAUGGGUCAGAUAUCAGACAAGAACUGGAACAUGGGCAUGAUCACGGCCUUGUACUGGAGGGAGAGCGUUUUGGUCGCUAAGCGGGUCUUCGUUUUUUUGCUCUUUGCAGCCGAUGUCGUCUACGACAAACGACAAUUCUGGCUCAUACUGGAGGCCGUAGAAGGAAAAGAAGGCGAUUAUGCGCGUAUUGGUACACUUCUGGUAAACGUCUUAGAAGGGUCGGGCUACCGCACGAGACUGUCGCGCGCAUUGAAUGACAAAGCAGUGGAGAUGGAUGUGAAAAUCGUCUGA